UACAAAUGAACCUUGUAGUUGAACUACAACCGUCGUUCUUCACCGUCUGCUGUAUCUUGUCCUUCUUCACUACUUGUAGCAUCGUCAACAUCUCUACUCCCACCUCAGAAACUCUCCUUCCAUGAUAUGGUUCGGGCCAUCAUACAGAUCUGUCUUUUCGCAGUACUUGGAGGAUUCUGUGCCUUAACGUUGAUAUUCAGUCUUUGUGGCACGGCAAAAUACUCAGGUUCCAGUUACUGCAUGUCUGUAGCUGGACUCAUUCAUACGCAUAUCAGGUCGGACAGUCAGCCGACGUCAGGAUCAAUUCAUACGAGUCCCAGCUGUACAUCUAAAGGAAACUGUCUGAACGCCACUGUCGCGUCUCGGGUUGUCCAAACGCACCUUUUGCAUGUCCACUUGCUUAUGGAUCUAGUUGAGGGCACAGGAUUGCCUCCCGGGAAAUUCUUUGAUGUAAACGACACAAUCUUCUACCAUAUCGGAAGCAGUGGCCUUCGUGGAUUUUCUGAAUAUGAUAAAGAGCGACAGCCAUUUGUGGACAACAUCAGGGCUUUUUGCCGCAAGCAAUCCAAAAUACAGCUACAUUAUGGCAGUUUCCUGGGGGCCCAUUUCCUCAGGUACUUCCGACCGAGCGCUUUAGCUCCUGUUUAUGCUACUUUUAAGAGCACGAUAGAAUCAUUAUGGGCUGCUGAAGAGCUGGAAAAGUCGACAUCCGGUUCGCAGCAGUAUACUAUUCAAAUAGAUGGCAUUCUGCGGCAAUCUCUUACCCAAUUCUUCGACAAGCUUCAGGAAGUCUUCGCCAAACUUGCAGUUGAAACUCCUGCGAUGCUAGACUUCUUCGCCGAGAUUCUCUCAUUAGGUCAACGCGUUUCUGAGCAGUUGGACUCAGAACUUCCCCGGGUGCAGACUAUCUACCACAAAAUCCCUUGGUGGGACAGUAUACCACGUCCCAAUUUUUUGCGACGGUAUUCACAACGUACUAUCUACGAAAAAUAUUACGAAUUCCUAACCGAGGAAGCCCCAAAUAUUCGGGAUCUUGUUGAACAAGUUUCCAUUAUUCUCGACCAUCUCACAGCUCUCAACGACUACUUCAGAUGGUACUCAGCACGGCCGGAUACACUGAACGUCGGUUCGCUGGAAGGAACACCUAGUGCUAUCGAACUUUUUCGUCUUCUGGAGGAAUUUCAGGAGCGUGUCAGGUCGGAUUGGGAUCUUCAUAGCUGUAAUAUCCCACCCCGCCGAAUGAUUGGUCGGAAUCAACGUCUUCCCUUGGGGAACGGUGAUCCGUCAUGACGGGAAUGAUUUCUCAGUCGCGCUUGGUAGUGAUGCCUUCAAUUUUAACGAGGUUCAUUGCAUGUUGCCGCGGCGACCGAGCCGUUCUCAAUGCAGUGGCAUGCACCGCGCUACUUUGAAGAAAACGUAGCACGGUAUGAGCCAAAGUGGAUAAUUUAUUAGAUUCUUCAUUUUAUUGACUAGUAUGAUGUACCUACAUAUGCUUCCAAUGAGCAGUGCACUCAACAUUGUAAAA